GGGCGGGGGAAGAUGGCCGCCGGUCGUGGAGGGCGCCCCGCGCUUGGAGCCGCCGCCUCUUCUCCCCCUCGCGUCCUCUGACUUCGCCCGUGGUCCAGCGGGCGGCUCUCGCCGAGCUCAGGGCGUCGUCUUCGGCCACUGUGGAGGUGAAAUAAAGGUAGUGGCAGCUUUCUGCAAAAAUGUCAGUUCUGAUAUCACAGAGUGUAAUAAAUUAUGUGGAAGAAGGAAACAUUCCUGCUCUGAAAGCUCUUCUUGAAAAAUGCAAAGAUGUAGAUGAGAGAAAUGAGUGUGGCCAGACUCCAUUGAUGAUAGCUGCUGAACAAGGCAAUCUGGAAAUAGUGAAAGAAUUGAUUAAGAAUGGAGCUAACUGCAAUCUGGAAGAUUUGGAUAAUUGGACAGCACUUAUAUCUGCAUCAAAAGAAGGGCACAUACAUGUUGUGGAAGAGCUGCUUAAAUGUGGGGUUAAUUUGGAGCACCGUGAUAUGGGUGGAUGGACAGCUCUCAUGUGGGCAUGCUAUAAAGGCCGGACCGAUGUGGUAGAGUUGCUUCUUUCUCAUGGUGCCAAUCCAAGUGUCACAGGUCUGCAGUACAGUGUUUACCCAAUCAUUUGGGCAGCAGGAAGAGGCCAUGCCGAUAUAGUACAUCUUCUACUGCAAAAUGGGGCAAAAGUCAACUGCUCUGAUAAGUAUGGAACCACGCCUUUGAUAUGGGCUGCCCGAAAGGGCCAUUUGGAAUGUGUAAAGCAUUUAUUGGCCAUGGGAGCUGAUGUUGAUCAAGAAGGAGCUAACUCAAUGACUGCACUUAUUGUGGCUGUAAGAGGCGGUUACACACAGUCAGUAAAAGAAAUUUUGAAGAGGAAUCCAAAUGUGAAUUUAACUGAUAAGGAUGGAAAUACAGCCUUGAUGAUUGCGUCCAAGGAAGGACAUACGGAGAUUGUACAGGAUCUGCUGGAUGCCGGGACUUACGUGAACAUACCUGACAGGAGUGGGGACACUGUAUUGAUUGGUGCUGUCCGAGGUGGUCAUGUUGAAAUUGUUCGUGCACUCCUCCAAAAGUAUGCUGAUAUAGAUAUUAGAGGCCAGGACAAUAAAACUGCUUUGUACUGGGCGGUUGAGAAGGGGAAUGCAACAAUGGUGAGAGAUAUCCUGCAAUGCAAUCCUGAUACUGAAAUAUGCACAAAGGAUGGUGAAACACCACUGAUAAAGGCCACCAAGAUGAGAAAUAUUGAAGUAGUAGAACUGCUGUUAGAUAAAGGAGCUAAAGUGUCUGCAGUGGAUAAGAAAGGAGACACUCCCUUGCAUAUUGCUAUCCGAGGAAGGAGUCGGAAACUGGCAGAACUCCUUUUAAGAAAUCCGAAAGAUGGCCGUUUACUGUAUAGGCCCAACAAAGCAGGAGAGACUCCUUACAACAUUGACUGUAGCCAUCAGAAAAGCAUUUUAACACAGAUAUUUGGAGCCAGACACUUGUCUCCUACUGAAACAGACGGUGACAUGCUUGGUUAUGAUUUAUAUAGCAGUGCCCUAGCAGACAUUCUCAGUGAACCUACCAUGCAGCCACCCAUUUGUGUGGGCUUGUAUGCACAGUGGGGAAGUGGGAAAUCUUUUCUACUCAAGAAACUGGAAGAUGAAAUGAAGACAUUUGCAGGACAGCAAAUUGAACCUCUUUUUCAGUUUUCUUGGCUUAUUGUAUUUCUCACCCUGCUACUUUGUGGAGGGCUUGGCUUACUGUUUGUGUUCACGGUUGACCUGAAUCUUGGCAUAGCAGUCUCAUUGAGCUUCCUAGCUCUCUUAUAUAUAUUCUUCGUUGUCAUUUUCUUUGGUGGACGAAGGGAAGGGGAGAGUUGGAACUGGGCCUGGGUCCUCAGUACCAGAUUGGCAAGACACAUUGGAUAUUUGGAACUCCUCUUCAAGUUGAUGUUCGUGAACCCACCGGAAUUGCCAGAGCAAACAACAAAAGCUUUACCUGUGAGGUUUUUGUUUACAGACUACAACAGGCUGUCCAGUGUAGGUGGAGAAACUUCCUUGGCUGAAAUGAUUGCAACCCUCUCAGAUGCUUGUGAGAGAGAAUUUGGCUUUUUGGCAACCAGGCUUUUUCGAGUGUUCAAGACUGAAGAGUCUCAGGGUAAAAAGAAGUGGAAAAAAACAUGUUGUCUCCCAUCUUUUAUCAUCUUCCUUUUUAUCUUGGGUUGCAUUAUCGCUGGAAUUACUCUAUUGGCUAUCUUCAGAGUUGACCCCAAGCAUCUGACAGUCAAUGCUGUCCUCAUAGCAAUUGCAUCUAUAGUGGGGUUGGCUUUCGUGCUGAACUGCCGUACAUGGUGGCAAGUGUUGGAUUCCCUCCUGAAUUCUCAAAGGAAACGCCUCCACAAUGCUGCCUCCAAACUGCACAAAUUGAAAAGUGAAGGAUUCAUGAAAGUUCUCAAGUGUGAAGUGGAGCUGAUGGCCAAGAUGGCAAAAACCAUUGAUAGCUUCACUCAGAAUCAGACACGGCUGGUGGUUAUCAUCGAUGGGUUAGAUGCCUGUGAGCAGGACAAAGUCCUUCAGAUGCUGGACACUGUCAGAGUUCUGUUUUCAAAAGGCCCAUUUAUUGCCAUUUUUGCGAGUGAUCCACAUAUUAUCAUAAAGGCCAUUAACCAGAACCUUAAUAGUGUGCUUCGUGAUUCAAAUAUAAAUGGACAUGACUAUAUGCGCAAUAUAGUUCAUUUGCCUGUUUUCCUUAAUAGUCGAGGACUCAGCAAUGCAAGGAAAUUUCUGGUAACAUCAGCAACAAAUGGGGACAUUUCUUGCUCAGAUGCUACAGGGAUACAGGAAGAUGCUGACAGAAGAGUGUCACAGAACAGCCUAGGGGGGGAGAUGACAAAACUUGGUAGCAAGACAGCCCUCAAUAGACGGGACACCUACCGCAGAAGGCAGAUGCAGAGGACCAUCACGCGGCAGAUGUCCUUCGAUCUCACAAAGUUGCUGGUUACCGAGGACUGGUUCAGUGACAUCAGCCCGCAGACCAUGAGACGAUUACUCAAUAUUGUUUCUGUCACAGGGCGGUUGCUGAGAGCCAAUCAGAUUACUUUCAACUGGGACAGACUUGCCAGCUGGAUCAACCUUACUGAGCAGUGGCCAUAUCGGACUUCAUGGCUGAUACUAUAUUUGGAGGAAACUGAAGGUGUCCCAGAUCAACUAACAGUGAAAACCAUCUAUGAAAGAAUAUCAAAGAAUAUUCCAACAACUAAAGAUGUUGAGCCACUGCUUGAAAUUGAUGGAGAUAUAAGAAAUUUUGAAGUUUUUUUGUCUUCGAGGACUCCAGUUCUUGUGGCUCGAGAUGUAAAGACCUUUCUGCCAUGUACCGUAAACCUAGAUCCCAAACUACGGGAGAUUAUUGCAGAUGUUCGGGCUGCAAGAGAGCAGAUCAACAUAGGGGGCCUUGCAUACCCUCCACUCCCCCUGCAUGAAGCCCCUGCUCGUCCUGCGUCGGGGUACAGUCAGCCCCCGUCUGUCUGCUCCUCCUCCACAUCUUUCAGCGGGCCGUUUGCAGGUGGAGUCGCGUCCCCCCAGCCACACAGCAGCUAUUACAGCGGCCUGACCGGCCCCCAGCAUCCCUUCUACAACAGGCCAUUCUUUGCCCCAUACCUUUACACGCCAAGGUAUUACCCUGGCGCUUCCCAACACCUCAUCUCACGCUCAUCAGUAAAACCGAGCUUGCCCAGAGAUCAGAACAAUGGCCUAGAGGUUAUCAAGGAGGACGCUGCUGAGGGGCUGUCUUCACCCACAGACUCCUCGAGGGGAGCAGGCCCUGCCACAGGAAUGGUGCUGUCACUGAAUGCAAUGACGGUGGACACUGUGUGUGAGAAACUGAGGCAAAUAGAAGGGCUGGACCAGAGCAUGCUGCCGCAGUAUUGUGCAACCAUCAAGAAGGCAAACAUAAAUGGGCGUGUAUUAGCUCAGUGCAACAUUGAUGAGCUCAAGAAAGAGAUGAAUAUGAAUUUUGGAGACUGGCACCUUUUCAGAAGCACAGUACUGGAAAUGAGGAAUGCAGAAAGCCAAGUGGUUCCUGAAGAUGCACGUUUUCUUAAUGAAAACACCAGUGCCACAGUUGCUCAUGGUGAAUCUGCUCGUCGGUCUUCACACAAUGAAUUGCCACACACUGAGCUCUCCAACCAAGCUCCCUACACACUAAACUUCAGUUUUGAAGAACUGAAUACCCUUGGCCUAGAUGAAGGUGCCCCACGCCACAGUAACCUAAGUUGGCAGUCACAAACUCGCAGAACCCCGAGUCUUUCGAGUCUCAAUUCCCAGGACUCCAGUAUUGAAAUAUCAAAGCUUACUGAUAAGGUGCAGGCCGAGUAUAGAGAUGCGUAUAGAGAGUAUAUUGCUCAGAUGUCUCAGUUAGAAGGGGGCUCUGUGUCCGCCACCGUCAGUGGCAGAUCUUCUCCCCACAGCACAUGUUACAUGGGUCAGAGCUCGUCGGGGGGCUCCAUUCACUCUAAUCUAGAGCAAGAGAAAGGGAAGGAGAGUGAGCCAAAGCAAGAUGAUGGGAGGAAAUCAUUCUUAAUGAAAAGGGGGGAUGUAAUAGAUUACUCGUCAUCUGGCGUCUCCACCAAUGAUGCCUCACCCCUGGACCCAAUUACUGAAGAAGAUGAAAAAUCUGACCAAUCAGGCAGUAAGCUGCUCCCAGGAAAGAAGUCCUCAGAAAGAUCCAGUCUCUUCCAGACAGAUCUGAAGCUUAAGGGAGGUGGGUUGCGCUAUCACAAACUUCCAAGCGAUGAAGAUGAAUCAGGUACAGAAGAGUCAGACAAUACUCCACUGCUCAAAGAUGAUAAAGAUAAAAAAGCUGAAGGCAAAGCUGAGAGAGUGGCCAAGUCUCCGGAACACAGUGCUGAGCCUAUUAGGACAUUCAUUAAAGCAAAAGAGUACUUGUCAGAUGCUCUCCUUGACAAAAAGGAUUCAUCAGAUUCAGGAGUGAGAUCCAAUGAAAGUUCCCCCAAUCACUCUCUUCACAAUGAAGCCGCUGAUGUUUCCCAGCUUGAAAAGGCGAAUCUCAUAGAGCUGGAAGACGAGGGCCACAGUGGGAAGCGGGGGAUGCCACACAGCCUGAGCGGCCUGCACGAUCCCAUCAUAGCCCGCAUGUCCAUUUGCUCGGAAGACAAGAAGAGCCCUUCGGAGUGUAGCCUGAUAGCCAGCAGCCCGGAGGAGAGCUGGCCCGCGUGCCAGAAGGCCUUUAAUCUGAACCGGACGCCCAGCACCGUGACUCUGAACAACAACACUGCUCCAGCCACGAGACCCAACCAGAAUUUUGAUGAGAUGGAGGGAAUUCGAGAGUCUUCUCAGGUCAUUUUGAGGCCUGGGUCCACUCCUAACCCAGCUACUGUUCAGAAUGAAAAUCUCAAAAGCUUGACACAUAAGCGAAGCCUACGUUCAAGUUACACAAGGCUCUCGAAAGAUGCUUCUGAGCUCCAUGCAGUAGCCCCUUCUGAUAGUGCAGGCUUUGGAGAAGAAAGAGAAAGCAUUCUUUAAGAAAAAUAAUCAGAAGUAGUAGAAUUUUAGGCCCCAUAACAACACUGUCCUGAAUUUUGAAUUCAUCCAUCGCCUCCAUACAUUUCAUUCACAGAUAAUUAACAGAUGAUCAGUUCUUGGCGAGAGGGACAUGUACUAUAGAGACAUACACAACAGAGGAAAGCCUAAGGAAUGAUGCUUCUUCAGGAAGCCUCCAUUGUCUCUGUAAUUAAGAGUUUAAAAAUCUCACUACCAUUAUCAUGCUUUUCAUUGGCACAUAACUCCAUAAAAUUGUGGAAACACUGCCUAAGUAUAAAGAUAAAUCAAAAAGGGCUGAUUUGUUACCUAUAAAUG